UCGCCAUCUUGUUGGAUAGCUCUGUGAAAGAAUGAGAUAGAAGUUCAAUAAUUUUGGUUUUUUAAGUUGCUUAAUUUAGCAAAAUGGACAACGUAAUGGACAUUGGCCUGGUAGGCAGGGCACUGAACUAUCAUGGCGUCCAACUCAAGAAAGCUUGGGAAGCGGAACGAGGAGAAGGCGAUCUUGAAAAACUAAAUGUGGAAAAUAUUGAUUACAGCGUAUAUCAGGAGAGGCAGAAGAACCUCAGUUUUCAGGAGCGCAGCAGAAGGUUGAAACUAUGUCAGUUUGUUGCAAAUCAUGCUAACAUGUUAUUCGACGAGGUGCUCAAUGUUAGAACACCAUCGACUGUACCAAAGUCUCCUCCCGCUGCUCCUCCAGAUCAGCUAGCAGCUGUGCUGCCUCCGUUGGACGUCUUUUUAGAAAUAGAAAAGAAGGAAAAAACUGAACAUUUUUUUAAUAGUAUAAGACCAGGCGAUCUCAUCUUAGGAUCACUCACUACAAAACUCUCUACUGGAUAUUUGAUGAAAGUGGUUUGCACUGAUGGGGCCAAUGCUCACAUCGUUUCGGACCUUGGAAUUAAGGCCAUCAUUCAUUCAAUGAAUAUGAUACCAGCAGUUGACAAGAAAGGUGUGACGAGAAGCUUUCUCCUUAAUGAUUUGUUGUGCUGUGAAGUGUUGGAAGUUGUAACGACAUCUGAGAAGAUGUACGCUGGCAUGAAAGGAGAUACAUGCUCUCCCGCGGAUAGACAACGUCUUGGCCUUAUUCAUUCAGAAGAUAUGCCUCUUUUCUACAAGAAAUGGUUGGAGAGAAACAACGAGACCUAUGAUGAGUUAUUAAAAAACUCAGUAGGCUUCAGAAACCCAGGAAAUAUUCAGUAUCUUUCUGAGGAGCUAGGUUUGGGAAGUCAUCAGUAUUCUCAUUUUCCAGCAUUGCGAUUUGGAUUUCCUACUGAGGAAUGUGCGAGUGAAUUGAGGCAAACCCAGUCGAGCAAGUGGGCUUACCGUAGUGUUUCCGACGGGAUCACUCACUUCAAGGCAGGGCGCCAUACUGAAGCUUUCCAGUGCCUCAACAAGGCCCUCACUAUAGACACUAACAACAUUGAGGCUCUGGUUGCACGAGGAGCUCUAUACGCUAACAAUGGGAGCUUCAAGAAAGCUAUUGAGGACUUUGAUGCUGCUCUUAAAAUCAAUAACAAUCAUCAAAACGCAAGAAAAUACAUGGCUGAGACGCUGGUAGCUUAUGGCAGAAGUUUUGAAGACGAAAGUAAGUGGGACGAAGCCUUAGAAGCCUAUGAGCGUUGCUUAACGAUCAUACCAUUUCACGAAGAAGCAAAGAACUCGAUUGAAUUUGUUAAAGCUAAGCAGGGGCUUGGGCGUCAGUCCGAGCAGGAAACUAUACCUCUCCUCACGCCCAAUAAGGCUCACGGUGUGAAAGAAACUUUGAAACAUUUGUUAGCUCAGCACGAUGGCGGCAAAACUAAGAAGAAGAAGAAGGAAAAGAAGAAGACCAAGCAUAAGAAAAAUAGAUCAAGCUCAAGCAGUAGUUCUUCUUCGUCAUCUUCAAGUACUAGUUCUUCAGAAUCUUCAUCCGAUUCUUCAUCAGGCUCUUCUCAAGAUUCUCAUCACAAAAAGAAACACAAGAGGAAAGGAGAUCAUAAGGACAGAUCAUUGUCUCCGUUGAGUAAAAGAAUGGCUUUGAUGGAUCCUAGUGGUGGAGUUGAGAGUUUUGAUGGAAACGCCUCCCAUAAAGGAUCUCAUUAUAAUCCUCCAGCGAUGCCUUUUUCAUUCGGUGCAUCACGGCCCGAUAUGAAUAUAGUUGAUUCAUUAAAAGCCCUUAGUAGUGGAAAAGGCAAUAGUGCAGAGAAUGAAUACGAACUUAGGGUUCGCAAAUUCCUUGAGCAGACUAAAGGAGAUGAUGAUUAUGAAGAAAAAGUACGGAAAUUUUUGGAGGAAACCACCAAGUGGAAAAAAGAGCGUAAAGCCCAAGAAGAAAAAAAGAGGAAGAAGAAGAAGGAAAAGAAAUUAAACAAAAAAAAUCGUAAGAAGAAGCGUGAAGAAAAAAAGAAAUUAAAGAAAGCAGCUAAGGAAGAAAAAAUGAGAAAGAGAAGGCGAAGUAAUAGCAAUCUUGAUGAAGAUGAUCCUUAUGGAAGCAAAUCUGAUCUCAGUCGGCUGAUAGGACUUGAUAGUAUUCCAGACUUGGAAGAUUUACAAAGUAAGCUUAGUGCUUAUUAUGCCAAAGUGGAAAAAGGUCCUAAAAAGCAUGAUGCUAGUUCUGACGAGAAGGCCUUAUAUCAUGCCAAUAAGUUGAAUAAAUCGGCUUCGCCGAAAUCAAACUAUGAAUCCAACGACAGGUCUUCUCAUGAGCCUCCAAGCAGGAAAGGAGGUAAAAAGAGCCUUGAUAUGUUUGAAGAAUCGCCGUCGGUAAGCAGUCCUGAUAAAGAAAAGUCUCAACCUGAAAGACCAUCUCCACAGCCUCAACAGCAGAAAUUCAAAAUGCAACUUUCGAACGCUGGAACAAAAUUAAAGAAGAAAGAUAAUAAAUCAGAUGACCCGAUCUCUGAAGCCUGGGAUGAAAUAGAGGAUAAAACAUCCACCAACUUAUUAAAAGAUGUUGCUCCGCCACCAUUACCUCCAACAUCAAAGGAUGAAAUGGUACAGAAUUUGAAAAAGAUUGUUGAAAAGAAAAGAGAAUCUUUAGAAGCAGCUAAACCGGCAAUUACCUCUGCUCCUUCUGUAAUGGAUAAACUAGGCGGCUUUAGGAUAAAUCCUGCUGCAGUCUCGAAUAGUUUCCGAAAGGAUACUGAAGAAUCUGAUCACAAGAGGAAAAGUAGAACCAGAGAUAGUGAUAGUGAAUCUGAAAGAGAUGAAAAAGAUAAGGGCUCUGUAUCGUCUAGAAGUCGAUCCAGAACUCCAAGGCCAAGAAAGAAAUACAGUGGAUCAGAGAGUUCAGGAGAAUCUUAUAAGGGAAGAAGUCGUUCUAAAUCUGGUUCUUAUUCGAGACCAAGAAGAUACAGAAGUUCCGAGUCUGGUUCGUAUCGUAGUCGUUCAUACAGCAGAUCACGAUCUAGGUCCAGGUCUGGUGACUACAGGAGGUCUCGUUCAAGAUCAGACGACCGAGGCUACAGGAGUAAAUAUCCUGGUCGUUACCCAAGGAACAGAGGCACAUAUUAUAGGCCGAGAUUUCAGAAUAAUUCAGGCAAUUAUAAAAACAGAGGCUAUGGUAAUCGAAUGGGAGGAUACAGAAACAAUAGAGGUGGAUACAACAAUUAUCGGGACUACGGUAAUAGAGAUUACAGGCGAGGUUUCGGAAGAGGUGGUCGAGGAGGAAGAGGACGAGGUGGCCCUAGAUAUUUCCAGCAUCGUAGGGAGUACAGAGACUAUAAAAGGUACGAUCGUGGAGGUUCAAGAUCAGAUGAUGACAGGGACGAUAGCCCUAUGAGGAAGGUAGAUGCUGCCAAAGAGAGGAUUGACAAGAUGAUAUCGCAAGAACAGCACAGUGGGCCCUUAAGUGAAGGGGAAGAAAGAGACGAUGAUUAUAGCAGCAGUAGAAAGGAUUAUGAUGGAAAAUGGAACAAAGACGAUGGACCUCAAUCGUCGACUACUGAGAAGGCUUAAAUCGUUACCAAUUAUUUCAUCAUUAUUAUAGAAUUUUUAAUUAUCUCUUUGUAUAUAAAAUAACGAAGUAGGAAGAAAAAGACAUCAAAUUUAAUAUAUCUAUAGAACUUAAUAACAUUAUUUGUUCCAAUAUAGAUAUUUUAUUUCAAACAAACAACUUAGUUUUAGAUUGCUUUUUCAUUUUAUUUCUAUGAUUAUUAGCAAUUGUCCUGUUUUAAGUGUUUUAUUCCAGAUAAAUGUUUUAUUAGUAAUGUGAGUAAAUGAUUGAAUUUUUGUGUGUAUAUAUUCAUCUGUGUAUUCAUUUCUUUUUUUUCUUUUUUAAAUCCCUUUAAUUUCCUAUUCAAUGAUCUCUUGCAUCAACCUUUUGAAGAUGAGUUAACUGUGACGAUUUGAUUUGAUUUCAUCUUACUUCUGUAUAAGAAUCAUUUCCAUUUUUUAAAAUUUUAAAAUGAAACAUUAAUAUCAUUAUUGGCUCACUGUAGCAAUUUUCAAAAUGUAUGUUUAAAUUAAUUUGCUGUGAAUAAUCAUUAGAAUUUUUUUUCUCUAUUUAAUUCAAAUCGAAAACAAUUUGAGUGACAUCACUUCCUUUAUGAUUGAUUUGUUUUUUUUUUUCUUCUAUUCCAUCCUUCAUUGGUUUAGAAUAAUAAAGAAACUUAUUACUUUCAAAAUUUUUCUUUAUCGCUGUACAGAUUCUUAACAUAUUGUUUAGUUCACGAUUACAUUUUUCAAGUUUUCUGUAACCAUUUACUUUUUAUUUGUAGUAUAUGUAAU